GGUGGAAUGAAUUGGCUUCUAGAAUAAAGUGGCUUUAGAAGUCAAAACUGUAUCUAGAAAAUUGUAAAAGCAAGUUUGAGUUAAUGAUACUUUGAAACUGUAGAAGAUGAAAAGUGAGUUCUGAAAAAUGUGACACAUUUAUCAUUGCGAAGAGUUCAAGCCAGUUCUUUUUAGAUCUCCAUAGCAGGUUAGUAGAAUUUCGAAAGUCUUCAGAACAACAUAUAUAUUUGGAAAAAAAAAAAAAAAAAAAAGAACAGCAGUCUUGUUCUGGUACUUGACAAAAAACAUCUAUCUACUGGAAGAGCUCAAAUUUGUUCAAUAGAAUCUUACCCCAAAUGGACUAUGAGGGAAAUGAGGCCCUCCAUCAACAUGCAAAACGCAAAAAACCCACUAAACAUUCUCCAUUUUCUUCCACUUCAAAGCAAGUUUCGAGCUUUAGAACACCUAUUCUGCCCCAAGAGCUCAUCACUGAAAUCCUCUCAAGGCUUCCAGUGAAAUCCCUCUUGAAAUUCAGGUGUGUUUCAAAAUCUUGGCUUGCUUUAAUCUCUAGCCCUCAAUUUGUCAAGACCCAUCUUAGUGUAUCUGUUAACAACAAGGAAUGCACCAAGCAUAGGCUGAUGUGGAGUUUUGGACCUGAGUUGAAUCUUAAAGAAUGUACUCUUACUUCUUUAUUUGAUGAGUCUGUUACUGAGGUAUUUGACUUGGAUUAUCGCAUGAUAUCCGAUGGAUUGUACAACAAUUUGCCUGAUUCUGAAAUGAUUCUAGGUUCUGUCCAUGGAUUGAUUUGUCUUGCGGAUAAGAACGGUGAUUUGUUUUUAUGGAAUCCAUCAAUUAGAAAGUACAAGAAAUUGCCUAUUCCUAUAUCCCUAUUGUCGUUUUCCCAAUGGAAAAUAUAUGGUUUUGGAUAUGAUGAGUUUCAUAAUGAUUAUAAGGUAGUGGCUACUUUUUUAAAGUAUGGCAGUUUUAAUCAAGGUGAGCUCAGAAUAUAUAGUUUAAAGAGUGAUUCUUGGAGAAGGGUUGAUGAUUGUCAGAUUGGGUGUCGAAAAAAUGUUUCGGGUAAGUCUGUGAACGGGAAACUUCAUUGGCCUAGUUCUGCUUUUGAUGGUGUUUGUUUUUUGUAUACCGAUGGUAAUUUUUUGUAUGAGGGCUGGAACAUCAUUUCUUUUGAUUUGGCUAAUGAGAAAUGGGGAAAGGUGGAGCAGCCCUUUUAUGGAAAAGGCGAAGAUAUCUCUGUGCUGCUGGGAGUGUUGGGAAGUGAUCUUUCCAUCUUUUGUGAUUGUGGCGGAACUCAUGUAGAUGUUUGGGUUAUGAAAGAAUAUGGAGUUAAAGAAUCUUGGACAAAGAUGUGUAUCAUCAAGUAUCCUGAUGAUCAAGUGGGGUACGGUAAUCUGUUUUCUCUGCACUAUUUCAUGUCAAAUAAAGGUGAAAUUUUGGUUGCAUUUAAUUCAACUUCCAUGAUAUACAAUCCCAAGGAUGACUCGUCACGAAUUUUAGAGGUUAUUAACUUUGAUAACAAUCCCAAAGCAGAAAUCUACAUUGAAAGCCUAGUUUGUCCUUUUUCUAGAGAAGGUACUGAGGGUGCAACAAAAAGCAAAAGGAUGAAAAAGCUCAUAUCAAGAUAAUCAAGUAACAAAUAACUUCUUUUUGCAAGCACCGGAUUUACGCAGUGGCGCUACGUCACAGAUUGAGCCAAGGAGAUCUUCUGACUGAUGUGCAAUUUGGGUCAUAUGGAUUCUCAUUAGUGUUUGUUGUUAGGAUUGCCUAUGUAUUUUUU